AUGGUGAAGCCAUUCUCUAAAUCCAAGCGCACGCCUGUGCGGCUGCGGCAUAAGAUCGAAAAAGCCAGUGCGGCGAAACAGAGGAAACUACGAAAAGAAGCAAAGAAGAAUCCUCAAUGGAAAUCACGUUUAAAGAAAGACCCCGGCAUUCCCAACCUGUUCCCAUUCAAAGAAAAGCUCCUCGAGGAACUUGAAGAGAAGAAACGCUUAAAAGCCGAGCAAGGGCAGAGGUUACGUGAGGCCGCCAAAGAAAAGAAGAAUGGCGGAAAAGAUGCGCAGGCCGAGGCCGAGGAUGACCUGAUGGAGGACGAGGACGAGGACGAGCUGCUAGAUGACGACAUGGAUGAGGACGACGAGGAGGAUGCCGACCACAACGGUGCAAAUCCUCUUGCAGCUCUUGUGGCGUCCGCACAAGCGAGAGCUGCCGAGUACGACGGCGGGGCGUUAGCAGGAGACAUCGAAACUGCAGAUGGCGACGUCGUCGCGGAGGGAGUUCAACUUUCGGAGACGAUAGCCUCGGACCACCGAAACCCGGACUCAUCACGGAAAGCGUUCGACAAGAUUUUCAAACAAGUUCUCGACGCUGCAGACGUUAUCCUGUACGUCCUGGAUGCCAGAGAUCCUGAGAGUACCAGGUCCAGAGAGGUCGAACGGCAGGUCAUGGCUGCGGAGGGUGGCUCGAAAAGACUGAUUCUUGUGUUGAACAAGAUUGACCUGAUCCCCCCGUCUGUUUUGAAAGGCUGGUUAACCCAUCUACGACGAUAUUUCCCCACGUUACCACUCCGGGCAUCGGCUCCGGCGUCCAACGCUCAGACCUUCGACCACAAGCAACUGACCCUGAAAGCGACCUCGGAGACACUCCUGCGUUCGUUGAAGUCCUAUGCCGCGUCGAAACAGCUCAAAAGAUCCAUCUCCGUGGGAGUCAUCGGAUACCCCAAUGUGGGCAAAUCCUCCGUCAUAAACGCCUUAACCUCCCGUCUGAAUAAGGGGACGCAAAGCUUUGCGUGCCCCGUCGGCUCUGAGGCGGGUGUCACAACCAGCCUGAGAGAAGUCAAGAUCGACAGCAAAUUGAAAAUCCUGGACUCGCCCGGAAUCGUGUUCCCCUCGACGGUGGACGGUGAAGGCAGAGAAGACAAGCAGCGAAGAAAAGCAGAGCAUGAGGCGCGACUGAUCCUUCUGAAUGCGCUACCGCCGAGUCAGAUAUCGGACCCCAUUCCGGCAGUGAAGCUCUUGCUUGAGAGACUCUCCGCUUCGGAAACGCUGUACGAGAAACUCUUGAAGUACUAUGGCAUCGUGGCACUCGGGCCGUUCGCGCGGGGAGACGAAACAACAGAUUUUCUGGUUCAGGUCGCCAGGAAACGAGGCAGGUUAGGGAAAGGCGGUGUGCCCAAUCUGAGCUCUGCAGCGAUGACGGUGAUCAACGACUGGAGAGAUGGGAGGAUCCAAGGAUGGGUGGACCCGCCCGUGUUGAAAGUGGCCGACGACGAGGAGAUGGUCGAAGGCCAGGGCGUGGACAGCAGCAAGGAGCUGCCCACGGGCGUGGACCGAAAGCAGAUUGUCAAGGAAUGGGCGGCCGAGUUCAAAUUAGAGGGCCUUUGGGGGGAUGGGUCUGCAAAUGCGAAGGGGGCUGCUGGGGGCGACGAUGUUAUGCAGAUAGAGUCAUGA